UCAGCUGGUGGCUGGGGGUCAGUUCCGUGUGGUCAAGGAGCCCCUCGGCUUCGUGAAGGUGCUGCAAUGGGUCUUCGCCAUCUUCGCCUUUGCCACAUGCGGCAGCUACAGUGGGGAGCUCCGGCUGAGCGUGGAGUGUGCCAACAAGACCCAGAGUGACCUCAGCAUCGAGGUUGAGUUCGAGUACCCCUUCAGGCUGCACCAAGUGUACUUUGAUGCACCCAACUGCCAAGGGGGCACCACCAAGGUCUUCUUAGUGGGAGACUACUCCUCAUCAGCUGAAUUCUUUGUCACCGUGGCCGUGUUUGCCUUCCUCUACUCCAUGGGGGCUCUGGCCACCUACAUCUUCCUACAGAACAAGUACCGAGAGAACAACAAAGGGCCUAUGCUGGACUUUCUGGCCACGGCAGUGUUUGCUUUCAUGUGGCUAGUUAGCUCAUCGGCGUGGGCCAAGGGGCUGUCAGACGUAAAGAUGGCUACGGACCCAGAGAACAUUAUCAAGGAGAUGCCUAUCUGCCGCCAGACAGGGAACACAUGCAAGGAGCUGAGGGACCCUGUGACCUCGGGACUCAACACUUCGGUGGUGUUCGGCUUCCUGAAUCUGGUGCUCUGGGUCGGCAACCUGUGGUUCGUGUUUAAGGAGACAGGCUGGGCUGCCCCGUUCCUGCGUGCACCUCCCGGCGCCCCCGAGAAGCAACCGGCACCCGGGGACGCCUACGGAGAUGCAGGCUACGGGCAAGGCCCCGGUGGAUAUGGGCCCCAGGAUUCCUACGGGCCCCAGGGCGGCUACCAGCCCGACUACGGGCAGCCAGCCGGCGGCGGUGGCGGCGGCUACGGGCCUCAGGGCGACUAUGGGCAGCAAGGCUACGGCCCGCAGGGUGCGCCCACCUCCUUCUCCAAUCAGAUGUAGCCUGGUCAGUGCAGCCCGGGAGGACCCCCAAGGGUGGGCAGGCGCUCAGGAGAAGGCCUGCCCCCCUUACCCCUACCCCCCAGGUCUCCACCCCUCAAGCCAGGAGACUCCAACUGUCUUUGCUGUUUAUAUAUAUAUAUAUAUUAUAUAAAUAUCUAUUUAUCUGUCUAAGACCUUCCCUUCACUCCACUCCUCUCAUGCACUAGGUGCCCAGUCUUAAGUGGGCCCCUCUCUUAUCGCACCCCUUCCCCUGCAUCCCUUGGCCCUUCUCUGUUCCCCAUUCCUGUCCCCUGAGGUUAGAGGGCUCUGAGAGGGGGACAGGGAGGGGACAGACCCCGGCUGUGUGGGGAGGGUGGGCGUGGCUUCAGACUCUCCCCUCUCUCCCUCCCCUCCUCCCACCUCUGGCUUGAUUCCUCUAGCAAUGCCUGAACAGAGGCCAUUAGGGGAAAUCCGACCCCAGAGUGAGAGAAGGGCGGAGACCAGGAGGGGUUGGGGCAGAGAGGACAGCUUAGGACCCAAGGUGGUCUUGGUGGGGAACUCUGGAGUGGAGGGGUCAGCAGACCUACUGGAUGUAGAGUCUAAAGGAGAAGGAUGCCCUAGAGCAUUCUGGGAUGGGCCUUGGAAGGAGGCUGAGGGUGUGGUGCUAGAAGGAGCCGGAGCUUUAAGUGGGGGCAGCGGGUGGGGCUCCAGAGUGGGUGGGUCUUGGACUGGGACCAAAAUCUAUGAAAGGGAUGUGGAAUGGAACACUGGGAGACUGAGCUUGAUUCUCAAGGGGACAGAUCUUGAGCAAGGCAAGAAGUGGGAUUCAGGAAUGGGCCAAGCUUGGGAUGAGGUCCUGGUCAGGGUUCCAGAGGGGCAGGGCUUAAAGUGGAGCUUGCAUGGUCAUUUCAGAGAGGCAGCCCCCCCAUGGGGCAGUGAAGAAAAUAUAUUUGAAAGUGGAUGGCACUGGUCAGUAGGUGGUGGGGGGACUUGGUGAAAAGCUUUGGGAUGGGUUUUAUUAGGAAUGAGGAGGAAUGACCCUGGACAAGGCUGGGGACCGAGGUGACCUGGGAAGUUGAGUGAUAUGGCUUGGCGGGUAAGGCAUGGGAUCCAGAGAGAAGCACCCCCACAUACCCUUGCCCACCCCCUGAUGAGACAGCUAGGUAAGCAGAGAACAUAGCCAAUGGGUCUGUGGGGCUGGCCCACCCCUCUUCCCCGCUUCCCCUGCCCCCUCCUUCCCUCCACAUCCGCACCCAUCCUGGGGUGGUCGGAGGCCCGGUCUGGAGACCCUAUCCUGCACCCUCUGCUGUGUCUGUGAUGUUAGUAGUGCCUGUGAUCGUGUGUUGCCAUUUUGUCUGGCUGUGGCUCCUCUCCCUCCCCUCCAGACCCCCACCCUUUCCCACACCCUUCGGUAUUGUUUGAAGACCCCCUCCCCAAGGAAGAACAAAUAUGAUUAAUUCUCCCCCAAAUAAACUCCUCAUCCAUCUAGUCCACCCGGC